AUGGAGGAGCUCGGGCUCCGCGCUCCCGGGCAGUGCCUGCUGGAGGGCGGGCACGACGUCUGGUUCCUGAACCCGCAGGAGGUAAAGGCCCGCGUGCCCCUGGCCGAGCACCUCAGCUGGUGGCUGGGCACCGCCCCGAACUCCGACGGGGUCCUGGAGCUCCUGUACGGUUUCUUCCGCUACUUCUCGCUCGAGUUCAACCUGUACGAGGAGGUGGUCUCGAUCCGGCUGCCCGAGGCGAGGGUCAAGAAGACGGAGCACUUCAGCAGUAUGGAGGACGACGGGGAGGCGGAGGGCGACGACGCUGCCGACGAGGCCGGCGCCCUGGAGGUGGACGGCGACGACGUGGCCGACGAGGCGGCACAGGACGCCGACGACGCCGAGCUGCCGGCAGAGGAGCUCGGCUCCCACGGCCCCGACAGCCCCGAGGAGCCGCGGGCCGACGAGCGGCCCCCGAAGCAGACCUUCUACGCGGCCCCCGCCGGGUCUGCGGUGUGCGGAGAUGCUGGCUCGCCCGGUGCUGCUGGCGCCGCUCGGACUGACUCGCCGCGGCUUCCACCGGACAGCUUCGUGGGCACCGUGCGCUCGUUCAGCGCCGAGAGCGGGUUCGGCUUCAUCGAGUGCGAGGCGACUUUUGAGACGUACCAGCGGGACGUGUUCUUGCACCAGAAACAGUUGGGCCAGUGCGUGGUGGGCGACACUGUGUCUUUCUGUGUGGAGGUCAACACGAAGAAGCAGCCCCAG